AUAGGAGAAAGCUAUCAUAUGUCAUACAAUUCAGUGAAUGCAUGUUCGUUAACAAGUUAUUUAAUUUUUGCUUUAUAAAGUAUAUUGAGAGUUCGGCUUCAGUGAUUAUUAACAUUUAAUAACGACUUUGAACAAGUGCAUCUGAUUUUAAUGAUAUUGAUAUCACCCAUUUUAAUUUUUACAGAAACAUUACAGCCCCCUCCGUCUUCUCACAAUUCAACAGUAAAUAAAUCGGAUGAUGAGAGUCAGCUAUCUCUGAAGAACUUGAGUGCACUCGAGACAGAUGACAGUUUGAAUGGAGACCAGGAUGUAACGAGUCGGACCAAUUCCUCCCCAGAAACAAGUGAUCAUGACAUCACUACCGGGGAACUGUCACAUGAUGACUCCACAGAGAAUAUAGAGACCCGCGAGAGACGAGAUUCAGGUGUCGGGUCUUCACUCACUCGAGCUCCAAGUGACAGAAGAAGACAGAGAAUUCGCUGGCAUAGUUUCCAGAAAUCACACAGACCAAGUGUGAGCGGCAGAAAUACUCACAUCAGCAGUCUGUCCGUGUGUCAACUCAUGGUGCUACAAAAACUCUCCUUGUGUCGUUUGACAGGCCUCAUAGAAAAAUACUCACCCAAUCGCUCAGGAUGGAACUGGAGCAUGCCCGGCUUCAUGAAACGCCACAAGACCCCUAACUACAAUGACCGUAAUGUGUUUGGUGUCCCUCUCCUUGUGACUCUACAGAGGACGGGCCAGCCCCUCCCCCAGUGUAUGCUUAGUGCUAUGCGGUAUCUCAGGAAAACAGCCAAAGAAGCUGUGGGAAUCUUCAGGAAAUCUGGUGUGAGGACCAGGAUUCAGAAACUGAAGAAUGAAGUGGAAGCUAAUCCAGAUUCAGUGAACUUCCAAGAACUUCAGGCCUACGAUGUGGCAGACUUACUCAAGCAAUACUUUCGUGAAUUACCAGAGUGCUUGUUAACCAAUAAGCUCUCAGAGGUCUUCAUCAAUAUCUUUAUCUAUUUGCCGAGUGAGCAGCGUCUAGAAGCCCUACAGUCAGCUGUCAUCCUUCUUCCUGAUGAGAACAGAGAAGUUCUUCAGUCUCUUCUUUUCUUCCUGUACGACAUUUCGAUGCAGGCUGAGGAGCAUCAGAUGACGGCCAGUAAUCUCGCCGUGUGCUUCGCUCCCUCUCUGUUCAACAUGAGCGGGACAAAGAGCGCCACUCAGAGUCCGAGCCCACGCAGACCCAGGAAGAAUCUCGGGGUACCGGACGCUCGAGAGCUUCAGGAACAGAAGGCGGCCCACGAGUGUCUGACAACUCUUAUCCAGGAGUGCAAAAAACUCUUCAAUAUUCCAACAGCAAUGAUGAGCAAGUGCAGAUUCUCCUACAUUGAGCAAGGAGAUCCGGUUUCCUUGGAGGAGUUCAACAGGCGCAGUUCUCAGGACGAUCAGCUUGAGUAUCAGGCUUACGUGGACACAGCCAUCCAGGGGCUACUGAAGGAAUCCAGGGACAAGUUCAAAGGUUGGGUGUCGGUCAAUUCUGUCCCAACUGACGUCGACUUGUCCUACAAAAAGGUGACGGAUGGUCAUCCACUCAGACUGUGGAGAUGUUCAGCUGAAGUGGAGGCUCCACCAUACGUGGCACUGGACUGCGUCAAGGACGAGAGACAUACUUGGGAUGAAGACCUCAUUAAAUGGAGAUCUAUUGAGAGACUGGAUUCCCAGACUGAGGUCUUCCAGUAUACCCAGAGUUCAAUGGCACCACAUCCUGCCAGGGAUUUCUGUGUCCUCAGGUCCUGGAGAACAGAUCUCCCCAAGGGAUCGUGUGCCCUGGUUUCCACAUCCAUUGAUCACCCUCAGGCUGAGCUGAACGGGGCCAUACAGGGGGUGGUUUUAGCGUCUCACUACUUGAUAGAGCCCUGUGGGUCAGGGAAAUCACGAGUCACCCUCAUAAGCCGCAUAGACAUGAGGGGAAGAACACCAGAGUGGUAUAAGAAGGUGUACAGUUACAGCUGUGUGAAUCAAAUGGAGAGAAUCCGGGACUCCCUGAAACAGAGUACAGAGGGACCCGAGUCCACAGUGUGAAGCCAAGCUUCUGAUUCUGAUGAAAAAUCUCCUAGUAACAGGGGCCUGUCCCUACACCAGAAAGGUGUCUCAACGUGGCACCAAACUGCUGAAGUCCAUGGAGGGUGAAGCAUGGAGUCAUUGACAGAGAAUCUACUUCUGUUACACGAUACACAAAACCAUAGACACUGACGUCAGUGCUGGACAAAACCCUAAUCCAAUAGAGAACAAUAGAUAGUCUGUGACAGAUGUGGGGCGCUAUCCACAUGACAAUCUAGUGCUGUAAUAUAGAACAUUCCGUAUAGAGUAUAGAGGAGGCAACAUGUGUUCAUUUUAUUAGCAUUACUGUUGAAUUUUGUAGAAGGGGACCUAGGUUCACUAAUGAGUAGCAUUUAAAAACAGAAUGGUGGGCAGUCCCCACUGUUGCCAUAGGGAAGGCAGCAUUAUGUCUGUUGGUAACCAUAGGAACCAUGCUAGUCAUGUGACCUGAUAUUAUUCCUUGGGAGUAGAGAACCUGCAAUAUUACUAAAUGCAUUUACUUGUUGUAUUGUGCCAUGUCUUGUGUAUAUUAUGUUGUAAAUAUUGUCCAACCUUUUAAAUGUACAAUGCACAAAAGUCAUUAUGAUAUGAGUUUAGUAAUACAUACAUGUUAUAAGUUAUGAUAGUUAUCAGUUACUGGCAUUGAGUGAGUUUUGAAUGUAAGAAUGGCUGAAUUUUACUUGAAAGUGUACGUGAGCAAGGUACAUUCUGUAAGAGAGAGACUUUUAAUGUAUAUGCUGAUGUUCUCUUUGGCCAGACUCUGUCGUAAUAAUCAAACCAAUGCAUACCUCAUUUUAGCCGGUCAAGCGGUUAAGUUAUUUAUCCUGUACACUAAUGCUCCCCUGAAGUCUGGUCAGACUGACCAGUAUAUAUGUAAAAGUCUGGUCAAAUUGACCAGUAUAUAAGAAUGUGUUACAAAUACAGUGGUUGUGAUGCAUUUGGUCAAGAUAGUUAUAAAAUAUUCAUCAUUGAUAUUAUUCCUAAAUUAAACAAUAGUACAAUCAUUAAGGAAAACACAUUACAUGUAUCUAAUAAACUACAGAAAUCCACAGUUCCUGUAACAUUGUAUAAAGGUGUAGUCAUUCAGUAGCUAUUAUCAAGUGUAUUUAAACACCAUACCUUGUUUAUUUUGGACAAGUUAACAUCAGUCACAGAUUUUACUUUCACUUUGUUACAUCAGGAGGUGGUAAAGUCACACAACAGUGUACAGCGUCAUUAAUGAUAUUGUCAUCUCUCUUACCUCAGACCAUAUAUAUCAUAAUUCCAUUGUAUGUGUAUCUUGUUAUGAUAUUUGUUAUUAUAAUGAAAUCAUAAAUAUUUAAAUAAAAUAUGAAAUUUAAAACAUAA